CCUUCUCUCUCCCCAACAUUCACACACACACACCCCUUCACCUCCUCAAGCAACACACACCCCCUUCACCACCAAACAAUGAAGAGCCUCAUCCGUCGCCUCUCUCGCGUCUCCGACUCAUCUCCGUACUCUCUCUUACGCUCAGACCAACAACAACAACAACCAUCCACAACCAUCCGUCUCUCCAGAUCCUUCCGUAUCCCUAAAUCUCGCCGCUCGAGCUCCGUACCAGAAGGUCACCUUCCUAUAUACGUCGGAGAAGAGAUGCAACGGUUUGUAGUAAACGCAGACCUCCUCAACCACCCCAUUUUCAUCAACUUGCUCAACAAGUCAGCUCAAGAAUACGGUUACGAACAGAAAGGCGUUCUUCGUAUCCCCUGCCACGUCUUCGUCUUUGAACAAGUUCUCGAGGCUUUACGAACCGGGAAUCAAGACCUUCUCUCCUAUGAGUUUCUGUAAUUCAGUACGGAUGUGUGUGAUAGGUUUUUUUUUUUUGCUAUUCGCUUGCUUGAUUAAGCGAAUAGUGAGGUUAGGUGAGAUCGUUUGGUGCUGGUUGAAAACUGAAAAGUAUCGAGUCGAAUCGAUUUGGUUUUUUGAACUUUUUUUAGUUUUGCUUGUUGUAUAUACAAAAUGGAUUCCGUUGUGGAUCCAAGUUUUUGAUUUCGUACAGAUUUGUUACUCUGAUUUGAAUUAUGUUGUUUGAUUUUGCUA